AUGAUGGCCAUUGAUUCUCCAGAAGAGAAGUUCCCAUCGGGCCCGGAAAUUGUAUUGCCUAACUCCCCGUUCUCCCACUCGGUGGACGUCGAUGAGAAUUAUGAUAGCGAUGCGGAUUUAGCAUUUAGCGAUAAUGAUGGGCAAAGCACAACCAAGUCUCUGGAAUCAAACGCUAUGAGAUACCGAUAUGAAAACGGCAGGCGUUAUAAUUCAUUCCGGGCGGGAAGCUAUUUCUUCCCGAACGACGAAUUAGAACAAGAGCGUCUUGAUAUUCUACACCAUAUGAUCCAUCUGGUUCCUAACGGUAGAUUAUUUUUGGCCCCCAUUCAAGACAAUCCGCAACGAAUUUUGGACCUGGCUACAGGGACUGGUAUAUGGGCGAUUGAUAUGGGCGACAAAUUCCCAUCCGCACAGAUUCUUGGGAACGAUUUGAGUCCGAUUCAACCUGCGAUGAUUCCACCUAACGUAAUGUUUGAAGUGGACGAUAUCGAAGACGACUGGUCAUAUAGGACACCCUUCGAUUUCAUACACUGUAGAUAUUUAGCCACCGCCAUUACCGAUUGGCCUAGAUUGGUUAGACAAGCUUAUGAAAACCUAGUCCCAGGUGGAUGGGUGGAAUUCUGCGACUACGACUUUAGAUAUCGGGCGGACGACGGAUCGCUUUGUCCAGAUCUAGCAAUGGUGCAAAAGGAACGCCUCAUCAUCGAAUCGUCACAAAAGCUGGGGCGGGAACCGUGUCCCGGGCCCAAAUUAAAGAGAUGUGUCGAGGAUGCUGGAUUCAUUAAUGUGACGGAGAGGUGUUUUCCACUCCCAAUAGGGAUCUGGGCGAAAGAUAAGAAGCUUAAAGAAGUCGGUUGGUGGAAUCAGGUGCAGUUUUUACAGGGCGUCGAAGCAUGGUCUAUGAACCUUCUCACCCACGUCUUUGGAUGGAGCCCACAAGAAGUCCAGGUACACGUCGCUUAUACGCGUAACGACGCUCGAAAUUCCAGUAUCCAUGCCUAUUAUAAUAUGUACAUUGUUUAUGGCCAGCGACCCGAGUCUACUCCGGGGACUCUAGCUAUUUGA